CUGACUUGGCUUUGCGGAGCACGAUGGAAUGUAAUACUGGUGGCUUCACCUCCAGACGUAACACCAGCCCAUCAGGCUUCGCUCACCAACCUCUGAGAGUAAAAAAAACACAGAGACAUAAAUGUGGGUGCUUUGAGGAUUUUUUCUAACCUUUUUCUUAAAAUAUCUUGUUGUGAAGCUUAGAUUCCAAUAGUUUUUCCAGUUUUUCAGUUCAGAGCAGAUUUUAAUGGAGCCUGACAAAACCUUGAGUGCUACGAUCAUAGAAGCGAGGCAGUGAGAUUUUGGACAAAAAUGUGACAAUUCCAGAAUCAAUUGUGGCGACUUUAACAGCAUCAGCUCACGGACCGAUGCCGGGCUACAUGCUGAUGUGCUCGGUCCUGCAUUCUGUGUAGCCCAUGGGAACUUUGAAGAGGACUCUAAAGUAACAUGUCGGAUCUCAGCCAAGUAGCCGUGUACUCUGACUCCAGGGACAUCUACAAGAAUGUGUUCUGCAACCCUGCGUUUGAGCUGGAGGGAGAGCAGGAGAACAUUGUGGAGGGGUAUAGGACCAGCUCAUCCACCCCUGAACCCAUCAAACCCCCUGCCUCCUGCCGGGGCCUGUUGGGUGCCUGUGCAAUGCGUCUCAGGAGUCCGGCCGGCAGCUGGGGGGCCCUCCUGGUCUGUGCAGCGGUGUUGUUCCUGGUGGCGGCCAUGGGCCUAGCACUGGCUCUCAUUCUCACCCAGAUGAACAGGCCGGCUGUGGAGGGACCGGCGUCGUCCACCAGUCCCCUGGACCUGCUGAGUGGAGCUGAGGUGUCCCACACCCUGCCCAACCUGACUUGCAACAGUAGUCAUAGCGACGGCACCACAAUGGCCACGCCACCCUCUUCGACCACGCAGCCCGCGCUCCAAACACGAUGCGGGGGAGUGCUUUCUGACACAGAAGGGAGUUUCAGUUCUCCUAACCACCCGGGCUCGUACCCGCCCGACGUGCUGUGUGUGUGGGUGAUCCGGGUGCCCCCCCCGCACGUGGUGCAGGUCCACGUGUCCUCGCUGAGCGUGGAGGGGCCCUCCCCCUGCCUGUUUGACUGGCUGGAGGUGCAGGAGCGGGGGGACCAGGCCGAUGUGAUCACCAGGCUCUGUGGUAACGUGGCUCCCCCAACGUUCAACACCAACAAAAGCUCAGUCUGGGUGACCUUCCACUCAGACAGCAUAAUAGCAGGCAGUGGCUUCACCGUACAGUACAGAGCCAUACUCCCUGGGCACCAGAGCUGCUCCAGAGAAGAGUUCAUGUGUGACGGCGGCCGCUGUCUGCUCUCAAUGUCGUUGUGUGACGGACUGCCCCACUGCCGCGACCAAACUGACGAGGCCAACUGCAGCCAGAAGCACAAGGAGUGUGGGGGGCAGAAGACGGACCCUCAUGGAUCCAUCGCCAGCCCAAACCACCCCAGGCUUUACCCCCACCAACAGUUGUGCACUUGGCGUAUAUCUGCGGAGCAGGGUCAUGUGAUCAGGCUGAGCUUCAGGAACUUCAGCCUGGAGACCCAGGAUGUGUGCGAGUUUGAUUACGUCGAGGUCCACGACAGUGCAGCCGCUGGAGCGGGUCGGGUCCUGGGCAGGUUCUGUGGAACCAGCCUCCCCCCUCACCUGACCUCCUCGGGGCCCGAGAUGACCGUGGUGUUCGUGGCAGACGAAGGGGUGGCCGACAGCGGCUUCAACGCCACAUAUCAGGCCGUGUCCCUGGCAGACACGACGUGCGGCCCCCAGCAGCUGGCCUGCAGCUCCGGGGAGUGUCUGCACCGGGACCUGCUGUGUGACGGCUGGAGCGACUGCCCCGACGGAGCCGACGAGCACGGCUGCGGCAACUCCACCUUUCCCUCCUUCACGUCUUCGUGUGAACUCAUCGAGGUGGAGAUGUGCCAGGGCCUCAGCUACAACCUCACCUCCUUCCCCAACAUCUGGCUGUCCAUCUCUGACCAGAGGCAGGCGGCCACGCUGCUGCGUCAGUACCGGGUGCUGAUGGAGCUGGCGUGCUACAAGCCCCUAAGGCGGCUGGUGUGCGGCCUGUUCCUGCCACAGUGCAGCCCCCAGGGCGGCGUGCUCCAGCCCUGCCGCUCCGUCUGCUCAGGGGCCGAGAAGCAGUGCGGCCCGGCCCUGGAUCUCAUCCCCCUCAGUUGGCCCUUCAACUGCCUCCUGCUGCCCGACUCCCAGGACCCAAUGGAGUGUUCCACGCCGUGACGAAGGGAGGGAAAAUAAGCCGUACAACGACGAGGUUCCUCAAAGAACAACAGAUUGAUUCCCCCUGGGAUUACCAUGAUUUUCUCUGGCUCUUUCGGAGAUCCUGGGAACCCGCAGUCAACACUGUGUUUCUUAGGACCUGGGUAUUGCUAAGAAAAAGAGGCAAACAAACCAUAUUUUGUUCACUGGAUAGAGGACAUGCAAGGUUAAUAUGUUGGCCAGAUGACAGCCGAUUGCUCAAAUGUAUGUGUAAUAUAUUUUGAGUAGGACCGGUUUUACCUUUGGUUUCAUCUUUGAUUUGACAUGAUUCUGACUGACUGUGCUGAAUGAGUUUUCUGAAAUUAUGUU